ACCUCUCUGUGGUUUCAUCAGUGUCUUCUGCGGGACAUGAAGCUGCGUCCAUCAGCGUCCAGCAUGAGUCCACACACCUGCUGCCUCGUCCUCGGCCUCUGUCUCGGUUCUGUUUGUGCCGACGUCCUUCAGGCCUUUGUGGGACGAGAUGUGACGAUCACAUGUAACUAUGACGCUAAGUAUUAUGGGACAUUGUCCGUCUGCUGGGGACGAGGCCCCAUCCCCAACAGAGGCUGUGCCAACGAGGUCAUCCGCACAGACGGGACGGAGGUGACCAGCAGGGAGUCCGAACGAUACGUCCUGUUUGGGAAUAUCCAUGAGGGGGACGUGUCCCUCACUAUUCGGACACUACAGGAGACGGACUCUGGGACGUACGGCUGCCGCGUGGACAUCCCGGGAUGGUUCAACGACCACAAGCACGAGACUGUCCUCAACGUCCUGCCAGCUCGUCCAAAUCCUCCCCAGCUGGAGCCUCGGGAGGUGAAGGAGGAGGUGCUGACCGUUCACUGGAGGCCUGUGUUUGACGGAGGUCGGCCGGUUUUAUUCUACAGGAUCGAUCUGAAAAACAAGCAGGCUCCCUGGGACACGGCCAUCAAGACCGAGCUGCACGACCCGAGUCUGACUCAGGUCACUCUGGUGGAUCUGCGUCCAGCCAGAACCUACAGCCUGAGGAUGUUUGCGGUGAACAGCGUGGGCACGAGCGACCCCAGCAACGUGCUCACCAUGACGACCAAAGAAGCCGCCCCUGAGGCUUCUCCGGCGGAGCUGAAGGUGGAGGCGCUGUCGUCCCGCAGCCUCAGAGUCUGGUGGAAGGCUCCGAGGUCAGAUCUGCGGAACGGCGUCAUCCGGAGCUACAAGGUGAGCUACAGAGCGUACGACGGCUCCACCCGACAGUUCGGACAGUGGCAGUACGUUUGGGUCACCGCCGAGGGGGAGGCCCAGUCCUGCGUCCUCACCGGCCUCAAACCGAGCACCAAGUACGGAACGAUGGUCCAGGCCCGGAACAACGCCGGGAUCGGGCCCGGAUCCAUGUCCUCGCUGCUCGCCACGAUGGACGAAGUCCAGACGACGUCAGAACUGACGGUUGGGACGAGUUCCCCGAGUACGACCAGACCGGACACCAGACCGGACACCAGACCGGACACCAGACCGGACACUACACUGGACACGUCCGCGUCAGCUCAAACCACAAGAACAACAACAAAACCAACAGAAAUAACAACAAAAACAACAACAACAACGACACUGAAGCCUCCCGGGACGACACUGGGCCUCACAGUCUGGGCCUCGGCCUCUACAACUUUCAACUCAGAGUCGCCUGAGCCUCCCGUCCUUCAGAUAAAGAGUGUGUUUGAAGGCGUCGUGUCUCUGUCCUGGAGCUGUGGGUCACAUGGUUCUUCUCCCAUCACUGGGUUUACGUUGGAAUAUAAAGUCGUCAACGCCUCGUGGGAUCAUCUGAAGAGUCUGGACUUCAGCCCCGACCAGACCCAGGCCACGAUCAUCGAGCCCAGACCCUCCUCCUACCACAUCCGAAUGUUCGCCAGAAACGCCGCCGGUAAAAGUCGAGCCAGCGACGUCCUGACGCUCACGGUGCGAGGGAAAGAUAAACAGGAGGACGCUCCUGUGUCCAGUCUGUCCCCGGACACUCGGGCCGUCAGCGCUGAGGAUCGUCCCGGUGCUCAUCUCGCCGCCAUUUUAGUCCCGGUGCUGCUCGUCCUCGUCACUGCGGCUGCGAUCGGGACGUGGCAGAUCAGACGAAUUAGGAAGAAAAAAGGCACAUUGAACAUGUGGUUGGACAGUGGGGCGCUGCGUUACAGAGCUGAGUCGCUCCAAGAGUCUUUAUAAAACACAGAAGACGUUUGAGUUAAACAUGAGACGAUGUUUUAAUAAAAUAUAAACAUGUUUGAGUUAAACAUGUGACAUUAUAAUAAAAUAUAAACACAUUUGUAAAAUUUAAACUGAAACUGAAGUCACUGUUUCAGGAAACAACAGAAGAAGAAGAAGA